AUGGACUGCGACCAAGCUUCUAUUGCAUCCAACGGGUUCUGGCGCUCCUUCAUCGCCAUCUGUGUCCCGCUCCUGCUCUCCGCGCUGGAAGGGACCGUGACCAACACCGCGCUCCCAACGAUAUCGGAUGCUCUCAACCUCAGCACCUCAUUCUCAUGGGUCGCUACAGCAUUUCUACUUGCUAGCACGAUUCUGCAGCCUCUUUACGGCCAACUCGGGGACAUGUGGGGUCGCAAAUAUCCCAUGAUGGUGGCAGUAGGUGUGUUUGCUAUAGGCAGCGGCAUAUGCGGCGGCGCGAACUCAGGCGGAGUAUUGAUAUUCGGUCGCAUUGUGCAAGGUCUAGGCACUGGCGGCAUCGAUCUCUUCGCUGAGAUGAUACUUUGCGACAUAGUCCCGCUCCGGCGUAGGGGUCCUUACCUGGCCAUCAAACACGCCGUUUUUGCCAUAGGCACGACUUUGGGACCGCUUCUGGGAGGUGUCUUCGCCGAGCACGGAUGGCGCUGGUGCUUCCUUAUCAACAUCCCGGUAUGCGUCGUCUCCAUGCUCAUCAUUUACUAUUGGCUACACGUCGGCGGUGGCAUCAAGAUCAAGAACGUCAACGUCAAGGACGAGAUCAGCAAGGUCGAUAUGUUCGGAACCGUAGCCCUCACAGCAGCUGUCAUCUUGCUGCUCGUCUCCCUCAGCACUGGCGGUGCCUCUCAUCCUUGGGACCAUCCUGCCAUUGUCAUACCGAUUCUCAUCAGUGUCGCAUGCUUCGUCGGCUUUGCCUUCUACCAGCGCUCCAAAUACUGCACCCACCCCGUUAUGCCAAAGGAGGUCUUCUCGAACCGCACCACGAACAUCGCCUUCGCGCUGACCACAAUCCAUGGCUUCAUAACAUAUGGCUUCCAGUUCUAUCUCCCACCCUUCUUCCAAGCCGUCAAGGGCUCCACACCCACGAAGUCCGGUCUCGAAGUCCUCCCCACAACGAUCGUCAUCGUCGCCCUCGCUGCCGCGGGUGGUCCCUUACUCUCCCGCUGGGGACGUUACAAGCCCAUCCAUAUCAUAGGGUUCGGCUGCAUGGCACUGGGGCUCGGGCUCUGCGUUAUGCUCGCCAAACAUAGCUCAGUAGGAGCAUGGCUCAUGUUCCAACUUGUUGUUGCCGCCGGGUGUGUCCAAGUCAAGCUCCCAGAUACCACUACGGGCCAGUCGUCCGGCUCUUGGGCAUUCCUACGCGGUACAGGGUCCUUGUUCGGCGUAGCAGUCCCCGGUGCAGCUUUCAACAUCCGCUUCACGUCGUUGCUGUCCAGCAUUUCGUCCACCUCCGCACGGGAGCAGCUUGGAAAGGGGCAAGCGUACCAGCGCGCCACAGCCAACUUCGUGAAGAGGUUUGAACCAGAUGUGCAGGCUGAGAUUGUUCACACAUUCACCGAAAGCUUGAAGUGUGUUUGGAUGAUAUUUUGCGUAUUGGCUGGAGCAGGGUUUGUUAUGGCGUCGUGCGAGCAAGAGCACGAGAUGCGGAAGACGCUAAAUACUGCGUAUGGGUUAAAGACGCCGAAGAGCGUAGGGCAGACCCCUGCGAACACUGCGCCAGGAAGCCCGGUGUUGACGCCAAUGCCGGAGAAGAGUAUUGAGAACGUGGAGGCAGGACCGGAGGAGGGAUCUUGUGAAGAGACGGUGGAGUGCGAUAAUCAUUCUAUUCCGAUCUAG